UGGAGAAUAUUGAAGGAGUACUUCGUUGAAUUUCUUCCUGUAUAGGCGUUUGAUUGUGAAGCAGUUCAACAUAUUGCUGUAAAGAUGGCUUCGCGUAGAAUUGCCCAAUCCAGCAUCAACUGGGCCGCAUUAGCUGAGCGUGUUCCGCCGAACCAGAAAACUAACCUAACAGCUUUCAAGUCGAUGAGCGACAAGUAUCUGCGAAGUGUUUUAGCCAACCCGGAAACUCCGCCGAAAAUGGAUUGGGCAUUCUAUCAAAAGAAUGUCCCAAUUGCUGGGAUGGUUGAGAAGUUCCAGAAGGCAUACGAAUCGUUGCAGAUCCCAUAUCCGGCGGAUACCCUCACCUCACAGGUGGAAGCCCAGGAGAAACAAGUUUUGCAGGAGGUUGCACAAUUCAUUAAGGAUUCAGAAAGUCGCAUAGCUGAGUACCAGGCGCAAAUCGCAACUACCAAGUCCCUGCUUCCGUUUGAUCAAAUGACUAUGGAGGACUUUCGUGACGCAUACCCAGACCAAGCACUGGAUCCAAUUAAUCGUCCAACUUACUGGCCACAUACCCCGGAAGAUCAAAAAUGCGACACACCCAAUGAAAAGGCGCAUCAUUGAACAGAAUUUCGGAAGCGAAUGCAGUCUGCUUAAUAGAAGCUCGAGUUAAAAGUUUAAUAAAAAUUAAUGCGCGAAUAGUACCAAA